AUGAAAAAAGUCCAGUCUGCUGAGCGUGACGGACUACAGCAGAAAAAGGUAAUGAAUAUUUUAAUGCUUAUAGCAGCUGGAGAGUUUUCAGUGGGGAUCUUAGGAAAUAUAUUCAUUGGAUUGGUGAACUUCAUGGACUGGAUCAAGAGUAGGAAGGUUGCCUCCAUUGAUUUAAUCCUCACGAGUCUGGCCAUAUCCAGAAUUUGUCUGUUGUGUGUAAUAUUAUUAGAUUGUUUUAUAUUGGUGCUGUAUCCAGACAUCUAUGCUGCUGGUAAGCAAAUGAGAAUCAUUGAUUUCUUCUGGACUCUAACCAACCACUUAAAUGUUUGGUUUGCCACCUGCCUCAGCAUUUUCUAUUUCCUGAAGAUAGCCAAUUUCUUCCACCCUGUCUUCCUCUGGAUGAAGUGGAGAAUUGACAAACUGAUUCUCAGGAUUCUGCUAGGGUGUGUGGCCCUUUCCGUGUUUAUUAGCCUUCCAGUCACUGUGAAUUUGAAUGAUGACUUCAGGCGCUGUGUCAAGAAGAAGAAAAUGAACGUAACAUUGAAAUGCCGAGUCAACAAGGCUGGAUACGCGUCCACCAAGGUAUUUCUCAACCUGUUGACGCUGCUCCCCUUCUCUGCAUCCCUGAUCUCGUUUCUCCUCCUGAUCCUCUCUCUGUGGAGACACACCAGGAACAUGCAGCUUAAUUCUACAGGAUGCAGAGACCCCAGCACGGAAGCCCACGUGGGAGCCAUGAAAGCCGUCAUCUCCUUCCUCGUCCUAUUUGUUGCCUACUAUUUGUCCUUUCUCAUUGCCACCUCCAGCUAUUUUAUGCCAGAGACUGAAUUGGCAGUGAUUUUGGGUGAGUUGAUAGCCCUAAUUUAUCCUUCAAGUCAUUCAUUUAUCCUAAUCCUGGGGAACAAUAAAUUAAGACAAGCAACUUUAAGCAUGCUUCGGAAAAUGGAGGAUUUACUGACCAAAGAUUCCUCCUUAAUGACUCUGGAGUCAACAUUCUGA